AUGUCUCGUUUCCAGCCGUUGAACGUUGAGCCCAGGGAGGGUAUCUAUGUGUUUGCUAUUCUCUUCGCUGUCUCCACUGCGGGCAUGGACACAGUUAUUAUUGAUGCAUCUAAGCUUGCUGGGGAUCUAAGCGGCAUCCCCUGCCUUGGGACUAUAGCAUCAGUGAUCUCAGCAAUCCAUGCGUACUCUCAGCAAGUAGCCUCGCAUAGGUGCGAACUGCUUCUGGACAGUCUUGUCCAUUUGCAGCCUCAGUUGCAGAGUCUCCCUCUAAUAGGAUCUCCCCAGCUUCGUGAGGCCGCAGACACAUUAGAGCUGGAACUAGACGGAAUUCGCAGCCGCAUAGCUCUCUGGUCCCAGUAUAACCGUGUUAAGGCAUGGAUACACGAUGGGGACAUUACAAAUGGACUGAAUCAAUCUAUUUCAAAGAUGACCCGAGCACAAAUGAAUUUCUCCAUUCAGGCAUAUGUUGCAGUAAGCAAUACACAAGUACAGCACCAUAACGAAGUCAUGCAGGCGCUAUCCGCCAAAAAAGAGGAUGCACAGCUCAAAGACAAAAAGGAGUUAGACAAUAUGGUUUUGCAAAUCUUACAGGACUCGAAGCAGGUAGAGGAGCUUGCACGAGAAGGAGGAUAUCCUUUAGCAAGGCACCUCAUGGAACUGGGGCAAUUGCUCCUUUCUAGGAAUUCGAACCACAAUGUAUUGAGCGCACAGGAGCGUGAGCGCUAUAGUAAUGGCUUAGUACAACUCCACCAGCUCACGGGAAUCCCGCCUACAAUCAAGCGACUGGAUGGCGAAGUUAUCAAGGAAGGCGAGCUGCCUGUUGAGAGAGGCAGUCAUAGUGAAGUGUGGAGGGGGAUUUGGCUUGGAGGUGAAGUGGUUGCUCUGAAAGUGCUACAGGGUGUUGCGCGCUUCAUCAACGAAAUCAAGAUAUGGGAGCAACUGCGUCAUCAUCAUAUCCAGCCGUUGUACGGUAUUCUGUUGGAUAUGGGCCCAUAUAUUCACGUUGUAUCUCCGUGGCAAUCCAAUGGAAAUCUUUUCCAGUAUCUCGAACCAGGUGGCGCCGGUAGCUUAAAACCAUCUCAAUCAGCUGAGAGAACAGGAAUGUUACUCGGCGCCGCCCAAGGUCUAGCCUAUCUUCACCGAGAAGGCAUCGUGCACGGGAAUGUGAGAUGUGCAAACAUCUUAGUCAACAAACAGUUUGAAGCCUGUGUCAGCGACUUCGGAAUGUCUACAAUAAUCGGAGACAUAACCGAGAUACCGCCAUCGAUGACUUUGACGCGAAGCGACUCAACGCGGUGGCUAGCUCCAGAACUCAUAUUCGAUACAAGCGUCAUGGUGCCUACGAGGGAAUGCGAUGCUUGGUCGUUUGAUAUGACAAUGUUAGAGUGUUUUACGCUGCGUAAGCCAUGGGAAAAUGUAAGGCGGCGGGCGCAUGUCAUCCUGGCCAUGCAGAAGAAAAAUGUGCCGAUGAGACCCCAGGAUUUUGCUAUGCCCGAGGACGAUGUAUGGGAGGUUAUGAUGGCAUGCUGGAGAUACGAAUUUAGCGAGCGUUCGCGCAUGAAUGAGGCAGUUGCUUGCCUGGAGCUAUGUCUCUCGAAGAAUUCUGGGUAA